AUGGGAAGCAAAAAGAAGAAGCCCUCGAAGGAGUCGAGCCACAAGGAUGGCACAAAAGGAGGAGGAGGAAAGGGAGGUAAAAAGACGACCAAAGAGAAGUCCAAGACAGUGAUGAAGCCCGAAGAAAGUCAGCAAAACACUGGUGGUCGUCGUUCUCCACAAAAUUACUACCAGUAUGGAGAUCGCCAGCAAAACAUCCCUCUACCUCCAUCACCACAGCCUUCGGCAGCUUUUAUGGCCCCGCCAUUUGCAAUGGGCAUGCAACCACAGCAGAAUAUGCCGCCCUUUGUUGGAGGUGGUGGAGGUGGUGGUUCUCCCUACUACCCUCAGCCGCCGUACCAGGCACAUCCACAAGCUGCACUCUCACUACCUCAAGGCACCGAGUACCAGAUGAUGCUGCAUCACCUGGUGACCACACUGCAGGAGGACAUUCGCCAGUUGAACUACCGCGUAAAGCGUCUGGAGGACCUGAGCAUGGCGGCUGGGGCAAAUCUGGGGACUUCCACUCUUGGCGGAGGUGCUCAGCUUCAGCAGCAGCCGCCGCAACAGCAACAGCAACAACAGCCAGCUCAGCCCUCGACACCGGCUGACAACAACAAGGGAAUGGAGGUGAUUGUGAAGAUGCUGCAGGAGAUACGCUCCACUCAGCAGUUGUCGCCGGCGCCGGUGGCGGGCAAGACGGGGGAUGCAACUCCACCACCGCCGCCGCCGCCUCGGCAGCCAUCACCUAUCACGAAUUCAAAGGAGAACAUCGCCGAUGGAGGAGGAGGAGAAGGUAAUCAGCAGCAACAACAGCCGGCGACGGAGGCGGUGGCCAAAGCACCAGCGGGAAAGGCAAACACCGAGAACGCGAAGAAGAAGGCCCGCACUGCUGAUCUGAUCGUCGAGGUGGCUCGUAUGAUCAAAGAGGAGAAGAAGACACAGCCGCCACCACCACCACCGCCGCCUAAAGCACUUCCUCCAAAGGAGUCCAACAGCGGCAACAAGAAGGCCGCUCCUCCGGAGACGUUCGCCGCCAAAGUGGACCGGAUUCGAGCUAAGAAGAAGAAGUGA